AUGGGAAAGCUGCGGGUCCAGGACCUGGAUGUCCUUAGGGCUUUUCAAAGGGAGAUCCUGACAGACCUCAGCCGCAUGCACACAAACUCCCUGCCACCCAUCCUUGAGUCUUUCGCAAUGUGCUAUGAGGCACUACAGGCGAGCGGCCAAGACUCUACAGAAGCAUCCAUCCAAGAGGAGCGAGAGAACUUCAUCGUGCAGAUUACCAGCCGUAUGGCCCGGGAACUGCGGCUACUGCGGCCUCAGGACGCCAGUCGUGUUCUGCAGGCCAUCGGCCGCUUGGGCCUCAUCGACCCAAAGCUGCUGGCCACAGCUGCGGCACUAGUUCCGCCACGACUCGCCAGCUACACCGCCCCGGAAAUUUUGGCCCUACUGGAGGCGUAUGCAUCAGCUGGCAACCCGGAUGCCUUCAUGCUGCCCUGCCUGCGUCGAGCACUCGUUCCCCUUCCGCGUGCGUGGGAGGAUCAGCUGCAGGAGCUGGACGACGCUCAAGUUGUACAGGCAGCUUCCGCGUUCGCCAGCCUCCAUCACCCCCCCGGUCUCCUGGCACUGCUCAUGGCCCUGCCAGAGCCAGCAUUCCGCCGCCGGGGCCAAGGCGCGCGGCGACGUCAGGCGCAUGCCGAUGCUAGCACCGCGUCUGCUGUGCGACAGCUCGCCCCUGCCUGCCAACUGGCCUUAGCAUCUUUGGUGGCGCUGCACCUUCCAGAUUCCCAGACUUUUGCCGCCGCGGCUGCUGCAGUGAUGCAGGGGGCCGCCAAAGAGGCAGAGAGGCAUCAAAACGGUGCCUCUCUCAUGGACUCCCUGACCCGGUCCAUGGAAGGCGCUGAGGAUUUGUGGAGGACCGCAGCUAAGCCCUCACUCUACACCGCGGAUGAGAUCAUUUUGGCUUGCAUCGCCUUCCCGACGCUCGGCAGUGACCUUUGGCUUGAGGAGGCCGCCGCGCGGAUGAAUGAGGUCAGCCUCUCGCUGUUGCCGGGCUUCAUUCGGCAGGCAGCCGAGCUCGGCGAAAUACGGAGCGCGCCGCUCCCUUCACUGCAUGCAGUGCGACCCAAAGACCAGGCCGCAGAGAAAGCUUCCCUCCUCGAGCAGGCACAGCAGUUAGCAGAGGAAUCCCUCCUAGCCCGCCUCACUGGCCCCGCCUCUGCACGCACAGAGCUGCGUGAGCUGCCACCCAUGGCGGUAGUGGCCCUUUUUCGAGCUCUGGAGCUGGCCGCCAGCAAGAGGCGAAUUUUGGGCUUCCAGCCUCCCAAAGCAGAGGAGCCUGCAAAGGAAGAUCCACUGCAGGCCUUCCGCCGGGCGACGAUUCCUCUGCUCCAGCGCUUGGAGGAGCUUGCGCAGGAUCAGGAGCUCACGGCCAAGGCUUGCAUUCGCGUCCUGCAGAGCCUGAAGGCCUUAGGCCAAAGCCCUCCUCCGCCUCUUGUAGCCUGCUUGGCAAAAGCCUUGGAGACCUUGUCUGCGCAGGAGCUUUCUGCGGCGUUGAGGCCUCUUACCGCCCAGAGUGUGAAGGCUUCUGGAGAGCGAGCGACGUUCUCAGCCGCAGCCACUCGGGCGAUGCCACUUUUGCGGAGUUCUCGGCAGGCUUGGGAGCUGGAGGGUUUGUGCAAGAACCUCCACUUGGACAUCGGUGAGGUCAUGCCGGAUGAGGACCUUCUAAAAGAGGAGGUUCCUGGAGAAGCACCCGCAGCUCAGCACUAG